GUCAAAAAAUUUAAUUUUGAAAUUUUGUACGUAUUGCAUAAACAGUUUGAUAAUUCAUGUUCGAAAACAUGAAGCAUAAAUUCUGCUUUUUAUUAAUAGUGUUGCUUAGUUUCGAUUUAAGUUUGGGAAAAGUUUUUACUCGAUGUGGAUUUGCUAAAGAACUGCAUGGUCAUGGUAUGACACGCAAAGAAAUUCAAUCAUGGACUUGUAUUGCCGAAUAUAUGACUGGCUUCAAUACAUCAGCUACCCGUGGUCCUUUCGAAGAUGGUAGUAAGACUCAUGGACCGUUUUUGAUCAGUGAUCGAUGGUGGUGUAAAGAAGGUUCGAAAAAAAGUGAAAACUUCUGCAAUGUAAAAUGCAAAGCUUUGCGUUCAAGAAAAAUAUCAGCAUCUGUAAAUUGUGCCCGAAAAAUUUACUCACCAAAGGCUGGUUAUUGGGCGUGGGAUAUUUGGACAGAUAAUUGUGAAAACAAAUUACCAAAUCUAGACAGUUGUUUUCCCAAAUAAGAGGAAGAAGGCAAAUUUGAUCAAAUUUAUCUGCAUACAAUAUAAGUCUUAAAAAUUUACCAAAAGCGACCUAAAAAUUAUUUUC